AUGCCCUUUCCAGAGCCGCCGGCACCGGCACCGGUUCCUCGUGAGGUGCUGCUGAAGCACGACGUUCUUCGGCUUGCGGCGUGGCCCAUCGUUCAAGUCGCGGAUUGCACGAAACGCGCGGUCUCGGGAAUGGCAGCUUUGCCGGUGCCACUGCAGGAGAUGGCCCAGGGCUGCCUCAGUCGCCUCCAAUCGCCCGGGGAUCUGCCGGCGCUGGCCCAGUGGCUGCUGCAGGAGAUCCAGGGCGACCACCGGUGCACGUCCAGAGGAACUCGAUGGGUCAGCCGCCUGCAAGAGUCGCUCGCAGAACUGCAGAUGCCAAAGUAUGCACCAGUGCUGCGAUGCGGUGUGCAUGAAAUGGCAGCAGCCUUGCAGAGGCAGCUGAACUACGACCGUCAAAAGGCUGCUGAGGCACUGUCAGCUGCAGAAGAGGCUGCUUCAUCAUUGGACACUGACAGCAAUGCUGCAUCAUUCCGGGCUUUGCAGCUCCAAGCAGGUGUCGCGCCACGGAUCGAGUUCUUUGGCCUGGUACGCCUCUUCAUGGCAGAUUGCGGUGCAGACAUUCUAGCAGCCUUGGGAAUCAACGAAAUGAAGACGCUAGCGCUGGUCGCAGAUGCUCUGUUUCUACAGGUCCGAGCAACACAAUGCGCUACUGCGUUGCGAGUGCUGCGGGAAGAGGACGGCAGGUCUGCAGAGUUGAAGGGCAAAGUAGUGGCUGAGGAAGUGGCUAAGGAGCGGCAUUUUCUAAGCGGCGGCAUGGGCGCACUCAACGGCUUGCUUGAUCCGCGGCUUUUGGCGGUGGAGUUCCUUUUCGGCAUCAUGCUCCGAGAAACGCAAGUCCAGGUCUUGCAGGCCUUCGUGACCGGAAAGGAGGACGCCUGGGUGCAUCAGAUGCUGAUGGGUGGUGGCAAAACGUGUGUCGUGGCACCCAUUGCUGCGGCCCUUCUUUCCACGCCGGCGCGGCUGUUUGUGGCCAUCGUGCCGUCCAGUCUUCUGACGUUCUCCCGCCAGCAGUUGAGAAGCCGCUUGUGCAGUCCUUCUUUGGGGCUCCCUGUGCUGACGUUCGACUUUUCUCGCGAGACACCAGUAUCUCCUCUGCUGCUGGAGCGGCUUGAGCAUGCACGCAAGAGACGCAGUGCAAUUUGCUCUUCGCCACAGAGCAUCAAGUUGUUGCGAGUCAUCGAGCUGGCUGCACACCAAAGUGUCACGGGGCCAGCAUUGCCUGCCGCCGGUAGAAUGCGGCGAUUCCUCAGUGCUGUUGGCAUUCGCUCGGAAGGGGUGCAGCGCUUCGCCGAAAGCGAUCGGGAAGAGGCGUUGCAGGUGGCUCGGAAGAUGGUGGACAUUUUCAGAGGAGCUGUUGCUCUCAUCGAUGAAAUCGAUUGGGUGAUGCACCCCUUGAAAAGUGAGCUUCAUUGGCCGUGUGGUCCAGUCCGACCACUGGACCUUGCUGAAGCCACGGCGACAUGCCUGGAGUCCGGCUUGCGCUGGCGCAUAAUGGGCUGCAUGGUCGACGCCAUUCUUGACCGGGGAGGACACGUUUGGGCCGCUCUGGAGGCUGGAAGAUCUGAACAGAAGGUGAUGUUGAAGCCCAAUCCAGUGGUGCUCAAUAGCAGGUGGUAUUUCACAGUUCUCUUGCCCAUGCUGGCCAAGGAGCUAGCAGGCUUCCUGGGGCCUCGUACCCCAGUUCCUCGAGAUGAGCUACUGGCAUUCCUUGGGCCUGAAGGUCGAUGUGGUUCAACAUUGACCAGACUGCCGGAUCAAGAGACCAAGCUGGUGACCUUGGCUCGACAACUCGUCCACAGUGUUCUGCCUCACCUGCUGAGUCUCCCCCACCGGAUCAGAUAUGGCCUGCUUGCAGACAAGGGCUCGUCGGACAGCCGCAUCUCAACAAAAGGAAGAGCGGCGCGAAGAGCUUUACUGGCUGUGCCCUUCAUCGGCAAAGAUUGCCCAUCCACAGCCUCUGAGUUUGCUCAUCCGGAUGUGGCCAUCGGGCUGACACUCUUUGCGUACCACUACGAGGGCUUGAGGAAGCAGGAUUUCCUGCUGCUCCUAAAGCUCCUGCGCGCGGAGAUGGACGAGGAGCGAGGGCCGCACGCCAGGAGGCCCACCUGUUUGCGCUGGGUGUCAUGGGUGAAGGAGGCUGGAGGCCGUGUUACCGGCUUUAGUUGGGCCGGGCGCCUCCUCGCAGACAUGCCGAAGGAUGAAGUGCGCCUGGAUGCUGCUCCUGCUCACCAAGUGGCACUGGAAGAAGGGCUUGAAGAGCUGCGCAGCAAUGUUUGGCCGUUGGAGCGUGUUAGUCUGAAGGACAAACAGCAGGUCCAUCAACUUUGGCGCCUGCUUUGGCGAUGUUCCGGGGCGGUGCGGCACUACUUGUACGAACACGUCUUCCCCGGUGUCAUGGGCCUCAGCGACUCCCUCCUGUCCUGCACCGCGCAGGAGCUUGGAAGCAGCGUUCUUUUCAGUCGUCGACUUGGCUUCAGCGGAACGCCUUCGGAAGUGUUGCCUGCCAGCAUGGGCCCCAUUCACUACGAGCAAGGCUGCGAUGCCAAGAUCUUGAGCACGCUGCUCAACCCUAAGGUAGUCAUGCACACAGAGACGCUGCCUGUGGGCUGGGACCCCCUGUGGCUCUUGCAACGCGCUGCACGGGGAGACUUCCACGCGCUCAUCGACGCAGGGGCGCUGAUUGUUGGCCUCUCCAACUUUGCAGCAGCAACGAAGCUGCUGGAGUGGCUUCCUGAAUCUUUUCUUGGCGUAGUCUUCCUGACGGAAGCUGACGAGUCUGUGGUACUGCUUCGUGAUCGCAGAAUUCUGCCAUUGUCUGACUGUGGACUGUCGCCUUCGCGAAGAUUUACGUUCUACGACCAUGUGCAUACGACUGGCUUGGAUGUCCACCAAGCUCCAUAUGCACGAGCGGCGCUCACUCUUGGCAAAGACAUGCUUUGGCGAGACUAUGCACAGGCAGCCUUUCGAAUGCGUGGCCUUGGCCCAGGGGCGCAGACACUUCACCUGCUGGUGCCUCCAGAGAUUCGACAUUUGAUGGGAGCUCCGCAGGAGCCGGAAGAGGUGCCGGCCAAAGCAAGCGGAACUGGCGUGGAUGUGAGCGAGGACUUGAUCUCACUCAGUCCUGUGCUUCAAACAGGCGGCCAGCCCCAGCCACUCUUUGGUUUGGACUCGCUAUCAGAAUUCGACUUCUUCCGCCCGGCUGGAACACCUACGCCCCAAAGCACGCAUGUCACGGCAGACAGCGAGGAGCACAACAAAGCGUUGGCAGCCGCUCUUCGUUGGACAGGCGGCAACACGCUGGAAAGUGACAUCAAGCAAUUCGCGCUGUUGUGCGAGCAGAAUGUGGAAGCGCUUUGGAGGAGAGCAAAGCUUGGGAAGUGGUGCAAGGUCAAGAGGCCGCGUCAGGCCUGA